GACGUCAUCGACACCCCGGACCUGUUCGGCGCCGAAGACCCCAGGACAGAGCCGGGCUGCGGCGAGAGGGGCCGCUGCUACCUGCUCUCGGCGCCCGGGCCCCACGCCCUGCUCCUCGUCAGCCAGCUGGGCCGCUUCACCGCCCAGGACCAGCAGGCCGCGCGCCGGCUCAAGGCCAUGUUCGGCGACGGCGCUGUGGCGCGCACGGUCCUGCUCUUCACGCACAAGGAGGACCUGGCCGGGACCUCGCUGCAGGACUACGUGCGCUGCACCGACAACCGCGCGCUGCGGGAACUGGUGGCCGAGUGCGGCGGCCGCGUCUGCGCCUUCGACAACCGCGCCAGCGGCACGGAGCGGGAGGCCCAGGUGGCCGAGCUCAUGGCGCUGCUGGAGCGGCUGGUGCGCGCGCACGGGGGCGCGCCCUACACCAACGACGUGUACGGCCUGGCGCGCCCCGAGGAGCGGCUGCGCAGGGUGGCGGAGAGCGUGGCGGCCCGCGUGCAGCGGCGGCGGGGGCGCGGGCUGCUGGCG